AUGGUGUCGCAGACCAUUGGUCUGUUGAAGGAUGAGCUUCCGGUGGAGCAGGAGACUCUGCUUUUUUCUGGCGACGUUAAGACCGGUCUCGUGCUCGUCGACAUCGUUAAUGGCUUCUGUACCGUCGGCGCUGGCAAUUUGGCUCCAAGAGUGCCCGACGAACAAAUUUCUGGAAUGGUUGAUGAGUCAGUGAAGCUUGCCAGAGUUUUCUGUGAUAACAAGUGGCCUAUUUUUGCUUUCCUUGAUUCUCAUCAUCCAGAUAUCCCUGAGCCCCCGUAUCCUCCUCACUGUAUAGCUGGAACCGAUGAAUCAAAAUUGGUGCCAGAUCUUCAAUGGUUGGAAAAUGAACCAAAUGUAACACUUAGGUGCAAGGAUUGCAUCGAUGGUUUUCUUGGUUCACUUGAGAAAGAUGGCUCCAAUGUCUUUGUGGAUUGGGUGAAAACAAACAAAAUCAAAGUUGUGUUAGUUGUAGGGAUAUGCACGGACGUAUGCGUGCUAGAUUUUGUGUGUUCUGCACUCUCAGCAAGAAAUCGUGGUUUUCUCACGCCUCUGGAGGAUGUGGUUGUGUAUUCCCGAGGAUGUGCUACUUUUGAUCUUCCAGUUGACGUUGCCAGAGGCAUCAAAGGUGCUUUAGCUCAUCCACAGGAUCUAAUGCAUCAUAUAGGCCUUUACAUGGCCAAAGGAAGGGGAGCCAAGGUGGUGUCAGAAGUGUUCUUCGGUACACCAAAAGAGCCAUGA